CGCAUCCGCGGCCUGUGGCUCCGGCUGGACCGGCCGGGCCGGGCCGAACCGAACCGAACCGGGCCAUGAAGCUGACCCGGAAGAUGGUCCUGUCCCGGGCCAAGGCCUCCGAGCUGGACAGAGUGCGGAAGCUCAACUGUUGGGGCAGCCACCUUACAGAUAUUUCAAUAUGCCGAGAGUUGCCCAGCAUUGAAGUAAUUACUCUCAGUGUCAAUGGAGUCUCAAGCCUGGAGCCGAUAAGUCAGUGCCUGCAUCUGAGUGAACUCUACCUGCGGAAGAACAGCAUCUCCAGCUUGGCUGAGCUCUUCUACCUGAAGGACCUGCCCCGGUUGAGGGUCCUGUGGCUGGCUGAGAACCCCUGCUGUGGUUCCGAUCCCCACCAAUACAGGAUGACAGUUCUACGAAAUCUUCCCAACCUCCAAAAACUGGACAACCAACACGUGACAGAAGAAGAGCUGUCUCAGGCUUUGGUGGAAGGGGAGGAGAUAAUAACUGCUCCGGCCCAUCAGGAUACAGAGAAUGGCCACCCAGAAAUGUCCUGUGACCUGAGUGUGUCCGAUUCUGCGGCAGAAACAGAAACUGACCCGCUGAACUACAGUAUGGAGGAAACAAAUAAAAUUCGCGAACAGCUUGGGAUGAAGCCACUUCUGCGGGAUAGAUUUUCCUCUUUCUCCCCUCGGGAAACAGACAGUAGCAGAAAGAAGAGGAACAACAUCCUAAAUGCCAUCUUGCUGCUCCUGAAGGAACUAGACACGGAGGGACUGGACAUCAUCCACCAGACAAUUGGGAGCAGGCUCCAAGCCUUACAAAGAAAGGAGUGUCAGGAGGAGGAACAAUAGAGACGACUACGGGGGGUCCCAAAAACUCAGUCCAGCCCAACAAAACGGCACUAAUCAAGCAGCGUCAUUUUCGUCUCAUCCGGUGCAACUGGAGCAAAUCCUCUACCCUCCUGCUUUUUUCUCCAGGUGAGAAUUGGGGUGGGUGGAAACUUCACAUAAGAAGCUUAGAUCGUCCGUCCACCAAACGAGCCUUCUGUUGUCAUGCCUGUGUUUGGAACCCUUCUUCCAGGACUACCCACCCAAUCUACGCCGUAAUCAUUCGUGACACUCGGGACUGUAUCUGGACGAUCCCGUUUACCACUCCGUGGAACUUUUCAGGAGAGAUGUUGCUCUUUCUCUGGAGGUUGUGUGCUCACUCGUAAACUCAAAUGACCCAGAGAAAGGUAAAAGAGAUCAUUAUUUCGAUUGCCUCUUUAUGGUGACCGACAUGACUCUGAGCAUGUUAGACUGAUACCGGCAUUUCCGAGAGUUGUCCUUUCCUGGAAAUCUUUUUGCGAGAAUCAGUCUCGUCCGUAGAUGCUCUUUUUCAUUUUCUCUCCCUUAGUAAAUAUAAGGGACCACGCUAAAGCAUGACUCAUAAUGGAGGGCUUUGAAAGUAAUUUUCCCUAUUAAAGAACAUAUUUUUCCAAAAUACAGCAUUUACCUGUACUUUCUAAAUGAACAAAUUUAAAGGUAUAUUGAAAAAUAAAUACCACUUCUCUCA